GUUGGCACUGUGAAUGGCUCAGUGCUGAUGCCCCAGAGGUCCAGAUGGCAUUCCAUUCACAGAGCAAUCAACAGCUGUAGCGCCCCCCACAGGAUGUUGGCGGUGCGGAGUACGCUGGUGGUUCUGGCCUUGCUUGCCCACAUUUUACCAGCCCAGGCCCGGCCUGCAAUCCCAGAUGAAGGUAAGGCUCCUGUCUGGCCUCUUUAAAAAAAAAUAUAUAUAUAUAUGCCGCCAGUCAAUCACCUAAAUGUAUGUCUUCUUGUGUGUCACAUUUCUCUUGAUCAUGUUUUCUAGUCAAAAUGAACCACAAUAUAUUUUACUGGCUCUUAUCCCAGACCUUUUUGAAAUCGGUCAUAUGCUGUUAUUUUUUAUUAUUAAUUUACAUCAGUAGAUGGAUUUAAGAUGAGAUGUAGUUACCAACAUAAACAAUGGUCCAGAUUUUUUAUUUUAUUUGACAAUCACUCCAUUUUACCUGUAAUGCUUUUAUUCCUCUGGUCUCUGUAGCUGUACAAUAAUCUGGAGACUUUUCCAGUGUUUGAAGUUUCUCUUUGUAGUCUGUGUAGCCCCCUCCCAUUUCCCUGUAUUCGAUGUAAUGUAAUGAGCCUAACUGGAUCUAACUUGACAUGGCUGCAUUUGUAACCCCAGAGACAUUUCCCUGUAUGCUCUCAGUAUCUACUCUUCUAUAUUCUUGUAAAGCUCAGAUAGCUAACUUUUAGGUUGCCUUUUCGUAGGCUACCUAUUUGUUGCACAAGCUCAGCUGAAAAAAAGGGAAAAGAGUCACUGAAAUAGAAUCCUGAAAAAUGUUUAUUUUGGCUGGAUUCCAAUACUGUAAUGGCUGCCUGGACUUGUGGGUGGAAUGUUUUGGAUGUUUACACUCAGGAAUCGGAAGUAGAGUGCUGCAAAUGGAAUAUAAUAAAGCCCAGCAUUAUAAUUAGAGUAAUUAUGAAAGAGGGUCUUUUUUGGGCAGUAAGCCUUAAAAUAAAACUAGGCAGAGCUGUGUUUAUCCCAACACUGAGACAGGGAGGGAGCAAAUGGCUCCCAUCUGUAGCCUCAGGCCCAGGCAACUACACUACAUAGCUAGCAGUUCCUGCUCCUAUCCUCUCCUCCUCCUUUGUAAUGAAAAUGUAUUUUUUUGUCACAGAGGGAAGAGUUAACUGCCAGAGAAACUAUAAAUGAUGAAGUAGAGAAAUACCCAUGAGUCCACUUGGAGCCCUUUCUAAACCAAAGAGAUAUGGUUUCUAAGAAAACAGUGUAUUUUCUUACAGCUAGAAUGAGAGAGAUUGGAGGAUAUACACUACUGUUCAAAAGUUAGGGUCACUUAUACAUUUCUUUGUUUUCGAAAGAAAAAGAAAAAAAUGUGUCCAUUAAAAUAACAUCAAAUUGAUCAGAAAUACAGUGUAGACAUUGUUAAUGUUGUAAAUGGCUAUUGUAGCUGGAAACGGCUGAUUUUUUUAAUGGAAUAUCUAUGUAUGCGUACAGAGGCCCAUUAUCAGCAACCAUCAGUCCUGUGUUCCAAUGGCACGUUGUGUUUGCUAAUCCAAGUUUAUCAUUUGAAAAGGCUAAUUGAUCAUUAGAAAACCCUUUUGCAAUUAUGUUAGCAUAGCUGAAAACUGUUGUGCUGAUUAAAGAAGCAAUAAAACUGGUGCCCACAGGUCCUCAACUGGCAGCUUCAUUAAAUAGUACCCGCAAAACACCAGUCUCAACGUCAACAGUGAAGAGGCAACUCCGGGAUCUCAGACUGGCCAAUAAAAAGAAAAGAUUAAGAUGGGCAGUCUGAGAUAUGGCUUUUUCUUUGCAACUCUGCCUAGAAGGUCAGCAUCCCGGAGUUGCCUCUUCACUGUUGACGUUGAGACUGGUGUUUUGCGGGUACUAUUUAAUGAAGCUGCCAAUUGAGGACCUGUGAGGCACCGGUCUCUCCUACUAUUUGUCCUCUUGCUCAGUUGUGCACUGGGGCCUCCCACUCCUCUUUCUAUUCUGGUUAGAGACAGUUUGCGCUGUUCUAUGAAUGGAGUAGUACACAGCGUUGUACGAGAUCUUCAGUUUCUUGGCAAUUUCUUGCAUGGAAUAGCCUUCAUUUCUCAGAACAAGAAUAGACUGACGAGUUUCAGAAGAAAGUUAUUUGUUUCUGGCCAUUUUGAGCCUGUAAUUGAACCCACAAUUGCUGAUGCUCCAGAUACUCAACUAGUUGAGAGCUUCAAGUUCCUUGGUGUCCACAUCACCAACGAACUAUCAUGGUCCAAACACACCAAGACAGUCGUGAAGAGGGCACGACAAAGCCUAUUCCCCCUCAGGAGACUAAAAAGAUUUGGCAUGGGUCCUCAGAUCCUCAAAAAAUUCUACAGCUGCACCAUCGAGAGCAUCCUGACUGGUUGCAUCACCGCCUGGUAUGGCAACUGCUUGGCCUCUGACCGCAAGGCACUACAGAGGGUAGUGCGUACGGCCCAGUACAUCACUGGGGCAAAGCUCCCUGCCAUCCAGGACCUCUAUACCAGGCGGUGUCAGAGGAAGGCCCUCAAAAUUGUCAAAGACUCCAGUCACCCUAGUCAUAGACUGUUCUCUCUGCUACCGCACGGCAAGCGGUACCGGAGUGCCAAGUCUAGGUCCAAAAGACUUCUCAACAGCUUCUACCCCCAAGCCAUAAGACUCCUGAACAGCUAAUCAUGGCUACCCGGACUAUUUGCACUGCCCCCCCACCCCAUCCUUUUUACGCUGCUGCUACUCUGUUAAGUAUUUAUGCAUAGCCACUUUAACUCUACCCACAUGUACAUAUUGCCUCAACUGCCUCAACUGGCCGGUGCCCCCGCACAUUGACUAUGCAACGGUACCCCCCUGUAUAUAUAGCCUCCCUACUGUCACUUUAUUCUAUUGUAUAUAUAGCCUCCCUACUGUCACUUUAUUUUUUACUUCUGCUCUUUUUUUUUUCUCAACACUUUUUUGUUGUUGUUUUAUUCUUACUUUUUUGUUUAAAAUAAAUGCACUGUUGGUUAAGGGCUGUAAGUAAGCAUUUCACUGUAAUGUCUGCACCUGUUGUAUUCGGCGCAUGUGACCAAUAAAAUUUGAUUUGAUUUGAUUUGAUUAGUCUCAAGAAGGCCAGUUUUAUUGCUUCUUUAAUUAGCACAACAGUUUUCAGCUGUGCUAACAUAAUUGCAAAAGGGUUUUCUAAUGAUCAAUUAGCCUUUUCAAAUGAUAAACUUGGAUUAGCAAACACAACGUGCCAUUGGAACACAGGACUGAUGGUUGCUGAUAAUGGGCCUCUGUACACAUACGUAGAUAUUCCACAGGCGGCAGGUAGCUUAGUGGUUAAGAGCGUUGUGCCAGUAACCGAAAGGUCGCUGGUUCUAAUCCCCGAGCCGACUAGGUGAAAAAUCUGUCGAUGUGCCCUUGAGCAAGGCACUUAACCCUAAUUGCUCCUGUAAGUCGCUCUGGAUAAGAGCGUCUGCUAAAUGACCAAUUAUUUAUUAUUAUUAUAAAAAAUCUGCCGUUUCCAGCUACAAUAGCCAUUUACAACAUUAACAAUGUCUACACUGUAUUUCUGAUCAAUUUGAUGUUAUUUUAAUGGACAAAAAAUUGCUUUUCUUUCGAAAACAAGGAAGUUUAUAAGUGAACCCAAACUUUUGAAAGGUAGUGUAUGUUGACCGAUCGGCUCGAUUCGGUCUUAGGUAGCAAAAAUUUGAAAUUGUGUUUUUUACAUUGGAUAAAAGUAGAGACUCAGAGCUAGAAGAUUGUAUAUCAUACACUAACUACAGUUGAGGAACAAUGGGAAAGUAAUUCUGCUUUGAAAGUUGAUAAACUUGUAACCCCACUUUUGAGAAAAUGGCCCUUGAAUGUUUUGGUACCCGUACUGGAGAGCUCUUCUUUGUUUACACCCAUUCAGCAUCGUUCACACCCUCUUAAGCCUUAGCCCCAGCCAUCCCUUUUAUGGAAUGCCUUUUGGGUCUUUGCAUGUCAAAAAAGAUACACUGCCAAAUAACGCUAUUUGACGUGUCAAAUAACACUAUUUUCCACGUCAAAUAAGCUUGUUGACCAAUCAGCACCUGAAUAUGACUGUACGUCACAUAAAAAUGUAACACGUUCAUUAAUGUUUUAUGUAGUUAUUAAACAUAGUGUAAUCUAUCACUCGUAUUUCAUAUGUUACAGCGAUUCACAGAUACAUAUGCUAUGAUGCUGGUAAAGUUUUGUCUCGUGCACCUGCCUCUGCCACACUUGAGCCCAGACACACUUCCCAAAGCUCUGGGACAGUGCUGGUCAUAAAAAAAGCUGGCUAGCUGAUGGAUGCAAACAAUGUUCUUCCCCAAAAACAUAGCAAAACGACAAUCUGUUUCAGUAGCUAUAGUUAGCUAGCUAUCUAGCUAGGUGUCAUAAUCUAAAAUACCACUAAUUUAUAAGACAGUUCUUAUUUGAUUAAUGAUGGUCAGACCACCUAUGUGGACCUAGACACAAUAAGGAUUAGCCACAACAGUGGAAUUUGCGGUUCGCCUUCAAAAUAAAUUGAAAGUGAUCCAAAUGAAUACAAAUAGUGUCAGAAUGGAAUUGUUCAUGCUAAACGAGGUUGGAAUGUUGUUAUAUAAAUUCAACUAAAGACAAUCAUUUGUUAAUUUGACAAAAAUCUGUUUAAAUCACACUGUGGAUGUAUGAGACUUUAGAAUUGCAUUGGGGACAUACUUAUUUCACUGUACAGCCUUACCUAUGGAUUGUGGAUCAAUGACAUGGGGUAUCAGUCUACUCAGUGACACCCACAGAACAUUAGCGUCAUAGCUCUUAUUACGGGACUCUGAAACCACUGUGAAAUGAGCCACGUUUAUUGUACCAGUCAACCUACUAUGUGUAUUGAACACUAUUCCAGAGGAAAAACAAUACAACCUGGAUGUUUUGGAGUCUGAUAACUCUGAGGAGGACUUUGGGGAAAGAAGCACUUGGGUACUGAGUAGACUGAUACCCCAUUUCAUUGAUCCCAAAUCCUCAAGUAAGGCUGUACAGUGCAAUAUGAAUGUCAAUACGCACAAUAGGCUGACUGGGGAGGUGAUUUCCCACAGCCAAAGUCCUGCAAUAAGAGCUACGAUGCUAAUAUUUGCAUAAACUCUUCACAGUUGUGUUCUGUGGGUGUCACUGAGUAGACUGAUACCCCAUUUCAUUGUUCCACAUUCCAACACUCCAACCUUGUUUAACAUUAUCUAGUCUAAAUGUGGAAUGAUUCCACCAAUAGUAAUUUCAAUGGGGGACUUUUAUUUUGAAGGUGAGCCGCAAAUUCCACUAUUGUGCCUAAUCCUUAUUGUGGCUACCUUCACAACACAUAACCUGGUCCGGUCAAGCAUCAAUGAAUUAAAUGAAUUAAUAAUUAUGAAGCUAGUUGGCUUCUUAUAACGUUAGCUUUGGGCAACAAGGUUAAGUAGCUGGCUAGCUAGGUAUUUUCAUGAACUGAAGUUCGAUUUCCAUAGGAGAACAACAAGUGGCUCCCUAACUAAUACUUACUCACAUGGAUUCCUAAAUCAUUGUUAAGAAUAUUGAAAAUGACUGCAGUUUCUACUGGUCAUUGUUUUCAGGCUGCUUGCAUUGGUGGGUACCACGCUAAAGCUAGCUAGUUACCCCAGAAGUUUCUAAUAACAUCUGUAUCAAAGAUAUUUGCAAACAUUGUUGACCCUGCUCUUACUUAAAAUGCUCACACAGACGUUUUCCCAUUCGGUCGAACAAAUAAUGCCUUAUUACCGACGCGGUAUUGUAAACACAUCGUGGCGGAUGCUUGUUUGCAGACUUUCUUUUUCGUACAGCUUCGACAGUGCUACUGAUUGUAGUGCUGGCGCAUGGCUUGCACGUGCAAAUUCAGCAUACACAACAUUCUAUAAUAGAAUUGCGUUAUUUGACGUGUCAAAUUAAAAGCUUAUUUUGAUGAAAUAAAAUCAAAGUUUCACAUGCACAGGAUACAGAAGCUGUAAACGGUACAGUGAAAUGGUACCUUGCAUAGCGGAGUCUUUUGUUUAGACAUGUAGCUAGCUAGCUAAACAAUGAACCAUAAUCCCAACUCAUAACGUUACUACCCUGCAUGAAUCAAAUGCCUCUGCUGUGAAGUAGUGAUGCGCGACAUAUGCCUAGUUUCCUGAAACAAGUCAUAUAUUGCCAGUAGGGUUGGGUGGGGAGCAUGAUGCAUUGUCUCUCUACACAGUUUUCAUCACCAAAUGGUCAGGUACGAUCUAGGGCCCCCUCUGCUUUUCUGCCAGUCCCCCUCUCCUGACACUCUGCUUGUGAAUGCAUCACUUUCCAUGUGCUCCCCGCUUCAGCUGUCCACAAACCAUCAUGGCAGAAGCAUUUGGUCACAUUCUUUUUGCACAUGAGUGGGAAACAAAAUAGCUUAUUAUGUGGAAAUUGUCAUGUUUUUACGCAUGUCUCUUAGUUUUUUUUUUUUGCGCACUCACUAUCUUCAGUGUUGUAAACAUGUGGAGGCUUGAGUAUUUGUUUGUGGCUUGUUUCUCUGUGAGAAGGAUUGGGUUUAAAGGCCCUACCCAGAAGCAUUUAUUGUUUCCAAGUGGAAUCCUUUGACUGUGAGAUCUGCUUCCUGUCCUGAGGCCCGGGGCGCUGUCAGUCAAAGCAGAAAAGACUGACAUUUAGAGGGCUCAAAACCUGGAGCUGCCUUGGCCGCCCUAAGGUGGACUCUCCUCAGUUUAGAGGCAGUAUACAGAGAGCGGGGUUAGAGGCACUAUACAGUGUAUUCGGAAAGUAUUCAGACCCCUUGACCUUUUCCACAUUUUGUUACGUUACAGCCUUAUUCUAAAAUAGAUUACAUUGUUUUUUCCCUCAUCAAUCUACACACAAUACCCCAUAAUGACAAAGCAAAAACAUUUUAUUUAUAUUUGUUGUCUAUUUUUAUUCAAAUAAAAAAAUGUUUUUAGACUUUAUUCCAAAUAUUAUGUUUUUUAAACCCCGGAAAUAUCACAUUUAUAUAAGUAUUCAGACCCUUUACUCAGUACUUUGUUGAAGCACCUUUGGCAGCGGUUACAGCCUCGAGUCUUCUUGAGUAUGACGCUACAAGCUUGGCACACCUGUAUUUGGGGAGUUUCUCCCAUUCUUCUCUGGAGAUCCUCUCAAGCUCUGUCAGGUUGGAUGGGGAAUGUCGCUGCACAGCUAUUUUCAGGUCUCUCCAGAGAUGUUUGAUCGGGUUCAAGUCCGAGCUCUGACUGGGCCAUUCAAGGACAUUCAGAGACUUGUCCCAAAGCCACUCCUGCGUUGUCUUGGCUGUGUGCUUAGGGUCUUUGUCCUGUUGGAAGGUUAACCUUCGCCCCAGUCUGAGGUCCUGAGUGCUCUGGAGCAGGUUUUCAUCAAGGGUCUCUCUGUACUUUGCUCCGUUCAUCUUUCCCUCGAUCCUGACUAGUCUCCCAGUCCCUUCCGCUGAAAAACAUCCCCACAGCAUGAUGCUGCCACCCCCAUGCUUCACCGUAGAGAUGGUGCCAGGUUUCCUCCAGACAUGACGCUUGGUAUUCAGGCCAAAGAGUUCAAUCUUGGUUUCAUCAGACCAGAAAUUCUUGUUUCUCAUGGUCUGAGUCCUUUAGGUGCCUUUUGGCAAACUCCAAGCGGGCUGUCAUGUGCCUUUUACUGAGGAGUGGCUUCCGCCUGGCCACUCUACCAUAAAGGCCUGAUUUGUGGAGUGCUGCAGAGAUGGUUGUCCUUCUGGAAGGUUCUCCCAUCUCCAUAGAGGAACUCUGGAGCUCAUUCAGUGUGACCAUCGGGUUCUUGGUCACCUUUCUGACCAAGGCCCUUCUCCCCCGAUUGCUCAGUUUGGCCGGGCGGCCAAAGGAAGAGUCUUGGUGGUUCCAAACGUCUUCCAUUUAAGAAUGAUGGAGGCCACUGUGUUCUUGGGAACCUUCAAUGCUGCAGAAUGUUUUUGGUACCCUUCCCCAGACGUGUGCCUCGACACAAUCCUGUCUCGGAGCUCUACGGACAAUUCCUUCAACCUCAUGGCUUGGUUUCCUUUCUGACAAUUGUGGGACCUUAUAUAGACAGAUGUGUGCCUUUCCAAAUCAUGUCCAAUCAAUUGAAUUUACCACAGGUGGACUCCAAUCCAGUUGUAGAAACAUCUCAAGGAUGAUCAAUGGAAACAGGAUGCACCUGAGCACAAUUUCGAGUCUCAUAGCAAAGGGUCUGAAUACUUAUGUAAAUAAGGUAUUUCUGUUUUUUAGUUUUAAUACAUUUGCAAGAAUGUCUAAAAACCUGUGUUCUCAUUGUCAUUAUGGGGUAUUGUGUGUAGAUUGAUGAGAGAAAAUGUAUUUAAUCAAUUUUAGAAUAAGGCUGUAACGUAACAAAGUGGAAAAAGUCAAGGGUCUGAAUACUUUCCGAAUGCACUGUGCAUGGAGAGGGGUUAGAGACACUAUACAUGGAGAGGGGUUAGAGGCACUAUACAAAUCAAAUGUAUUGGUCACAUACACAUGGUUAGCAGAUGUUAUUGCGAGUGUAGCGUAAUGUUUGUGCUUCUAGUUCCGACAGUGCAGUAAUAUCUAGCAAGUAAUAUCUAACAGUUCCACAACAAAUAUCUAAUACACACAAAUCUAAGGAAUGGAAUAAGAAUAUAUGGAUGAGCAAUGUCAUUGUGGCAUAUGCAAUAGAUAGUAUAGAAUAAAGUAUAUACAUAUGAGACAAGUACAUUUGACAUUUUAGUCAUUUAGCAGACGCUUUUAUCCAGAGCGACUUACAGUUAGUGAGUGCAUACAUUUUCAUACUGGCCCCCCGUGGGAAUCGAACCCACAACCCUGGCGUUGCAAGCGCCAUGCUCUACCAACUGAGCUACACUGGACCACAAGUAAUGCAAGAUAUGUAAACAUGAUUAAAGUGUCAUUAUUAAAGUGACUAGUGUUCCAUUUAUUAAAGUGGCCAGCGAUUUUCAAGUCUGUAUUUAGGCAGCAGCGCCUCUGUGCUAGUGAUGGCUGUUUAACAAUCUGAUGGCCUUGAGAUAGAAGCUGUUUUUCAGUCUCUCGGUCCCAGCUUUGAUGCACCUGUACUGACCUCACCUUCUGGAUGAUAGCGGGGUGAACAGGCAGUGGCUCGGGUGGUAGUUGUCCUUGAUUAUCUUUUUGGCCUUACUGUGACAUCGGGUGCUGUAGGUGUCCUGGAGGGCAGGUAGUUUGCCCCCGGUGAUGUGUUGUGCAGACUGCACCACCCUCUGGAGAGCCCUGCGGUUGUGGGCGGUGCAGUUGCCAUACCAGGCGGUGAUAUAGCCCGACAGGAUGCUCUCAAUUGUGCAUCUGUAAAAGUUUGUGAGGGUUUUAGGUGACAGGCCAAAUUUCUUCAGCCUCCUGAGUUUGAAGAGACGCUGUUGCGCCUUCUUCACCGCACUGUCUGUGUGGGUGGACCAUUUCAGUUUGUCAGUGAUAUGAACGCCGAGGAACUUACAACUUUCCACCUUCUCCACUGCUGUCCCGUCGAUGUGGAAAAGGGGGGGGGGUACUCCCCCUGCUGUUUCCUGAAGUCCACGAAUGGAGAGGGGUUAGGGGCACUACAGUGCCUUGCAGUAUUCAUACCCCUUGACUUAUUCCACAGCCUGAAUUCAAAAUGAAUACAAUUAUUAUUUUUUUCUCACCCGUCUACACACAAUACCCCAUAAUGACAGUGAAAACAUGUUUUUAGAAUUUUUUACUCAUUUAUUGAAAAUGAAAUGCAGAAAUAUUUCAUUUACAUAACUAUUCACACCCCUGAGUCAAUACAUGUUAGAAUCAACUCUGGCAGUGAUUACAGCUGUGAGUCUUACUAGGUAAGUCUCUAAGAGCUUUGCAUACCUGGAUUACACAAUAUUAGCAUAUUAUUAUUUUGAAAAUUCUUCAAGCUCUGUCAAGUUGGUUGUUGAUCAUUGCUAGACAGCAUUUUCAAGUCUUGCCAUAUAUUUUCAAGUUGAUUUCAGUCAAAACGGUAACUAGGCCCCCCCAAUGACAAGCAUAUCCAUAACAUGAUGCAGCCACCACCAUGCUUGAAAAUAUGAAGAGUGGUACUCCGUGAUGCGUUCUGUUGAAUUUGCCCCAAAUACACUACAUGGCCUAAAGCAUGUGGACACCCCUUCAAAUUAGUGGAUUUGGCUAUUUCAGCCAAACCCGUUGCUGACAGGUGUAUAAAAUCGAGCACACAGCCAUGCAAUCUCCAUAGACAAACAUUGGCAGUAGAAUGGCCCGUACUGAAGAGCACAGUGACUUUCAAUGUGGCAGCGUCAUAGGAUGCCACCUUUCCAACAAGUCAGUUUGUCACAUCUCUGCCCUGCUAGAGCUGCCCCGGUCAACUGUAAGUGCUGUUAUUGUGAAGCGGAAAUGUCUAGGAGCAACAACGGCUCAGCCGUGAAGUGGUAGGCCACACAAGCUCACAGAACAGGACCGCUAAGUGCUGAAUUGUGUAGCGUGUAAAAAUCGUCUGUCCUCGUUUGCAACAUUCACUUCCGAGUUCCACUUCCAACGUCAGCACAUGAACAGUGAAGGGAAGGGAAACCUUAACGCUACAGCAUACAAUGACAUUCUAGACGAUUCUGUGCUUCCAAGUUUGUGGCAACAGUUUGGGGAAGGCCCUUUCCUGUUUCAGCAUAACAAUGCCCCCAUGCACAAAUCGAGGUCCAACAGAAAUGGUUUGUCGAAAUCGGUGUGGAAGAACUUGACUGGCCUGCACAGAGCCCUGACAUCAACCCCAUCGAACACCUUUGGGAUGAAUUGGAACGCUGACUGUGAGCCAGGCCUAAUCGCCCAAAAUCAGUGCCCGACCUCACUAAUGCUCUUGUGGCUGAAUGGAAGCAAGUCCCCGCAACAAUGUUCCAACAUCUAGUGGAAAGCCUUCCCAGAAGAGUGGAGGCUGUUAUAGCAGCAAAGGGGGGGACCAACUCCAUAUUAAUGCCCAUGAUUUUGGAAUGAGAUGUUUGACAAGCAGGUGUCCACAUACCUUUGGCCAUGUAGUGUAUAACACUUUGUAUUCAGGAGAUAAAGUUCAUUUCCAAUUUUUUGCAGUUUUACUUUAGUGACUUUUUGCAAACAGGAUGCAUGUUUUGCAAUAUUUUUUAUUCUGUACAGGCUUCUUUCUUUUCACUCUGUCAUUUAGGUUAGUAUUGUGGAGGAACUACAAUGUUGUUGAUCCAUCCUCAGUUUUCUCUUAUCACAGCCAUUAAACUUUUAAAGUCACCAUUGGCCUCAUGGUAAAAUCCCUGAGCGGUUUCCUUCCUCUCCGGCAACUGAGUUAGGGUGAAGCCUAUAUCCUUUUUAGCGACUAGGUGUAUUGAUAGACCAUCCAAAGUGUAAUUAAAACCUUCAGCACGCUCAAAGGGAUAUUCAAUGUCUGCUUUUGUUAUUUUGACCCAUCUACCAAUAGGUGCCCUUCUUUGCGAGACAUUGGAAAACCUCCCUGGUCUUUGUGGUUGAGUCUUUGUUUGAAAUUCACUGCUCGACUGAGGGACCUUACAGAUAAUUGUAUGUGUGGGGUACAGAGAUGAGGUAGUCAUUAAAAAUCAUGUUAAACACUAUUAUUGCACACAGUGAUUCCAUGUAACUUAUUAUGCGAGUUGAUAAUACAUUUUUUACUCCUGAACUUAUUUAUGCUUGCCAUAAAAUGGGUUCAAUAAUUAUUGACUCAAGACAUUUCAGCUUUUCAUUUUAAAUUAAUUUGUAAAAAUGUCUAAAAACAUAAUUCCACUUUGACAUUAUGGGGUAUUGUGUGUAGGCCAGUGACGCAAAAUCUAAAUUAGUUCCUUUUUAGAUUCAGGCUGUAACACAACAAAAUGUGGAAAAAGUAAAUGGGUGUGAAUACUUUCUGAAGUCACUGUAUACAGAGAGAGGGUUUAAAGGCACUAUACAGAGAGACGGGGGUUAGAGGCACUAUACUUGCUGAACAUCAGGGAUGUUAUGAAGCUAAUGAAGUAGACAUGAGGGGUCCAGAUGGAAAUGUUGACCAUUGAAAAACUUUCAGCAAAGGUUAUCCCAUUAAUGUAAACUUUUGGGUUUUCUAAUAGACCCUGUGUUGUUCUAUCACUUCCUGCUAUUCCUGUCUGUUGUCAUGAUCAACCCUUCACUCACUCUGUGUCAAAUCAGUGGGGGUAGACUGGCCACAGAGAGAGAGGUCAUUCUGCUCACGCCAUCUCCCUGUUGUAACAGGUCUCUGUGCUGCACUCAACCAUCACUCCGGCAGGAAAUCCCAACAGUCAUUCACAUGGCAUAUUGCUUCCUAUCUGGAAGCCAGCACAGGUUCUAUAGACUGGUGCCAAUGUGUUCAGUGUUUGGAGUCAGUCCUGCGCUCAUAGACUCAUGCACUUUUUUUUGUUCAAACCCUGUCUUGCAUUCUUACUUCUCGGUCAAAAUCCCUUUCAUGAUUUUGUGUAAUUAUGUUGAUUUUCAGGAAUGUCAAUCAAUUUUUCCAAAUAGUUGGAAGAAAGCAUGCUAGCAGGAAUAUUCCAGCUGGGGUGCUUUCUGAAAAUAUGGUCUCUAAUCCAAUCAUUGAAGCAGAAGGAUUAACUGAGCCACAGUUUCCUAAUGGCUAGCUGUCUGUUCACCUUUAUAUUUUGAGCUACACACAGAUACCGCUUAAUGAAUGGAAAUAAUGAUGGAAUGACUGUUUGUAAAAAUUAUAAUUUAAAACAUGUUAUUUUAGGCCACACUGUGACUCACAGUAUUAGUUAAGAUGACUCUUGCUUUCUAAAUACAUAAACUAGACAGAGGCCUCAAUUAGACAUUGACUCAAUGUCCUUACAGCAUGUGCGCUUCCCACUUGAUUCUCCCAUUUGGAAGAAAGAAAAAAUAAGGUUAUUAUGUAUGCAAGGUAUGUCUGCUCCUCAAUAGUGAUGGCAAUGCUGUACUUGGUUGCUGUUCCCAGUUGUAAUCAUAAGACUGGGUUGACUUUGCUCCACAACAGUGACGAGUACAUUUGUACAGCUUUCAUGGGAUUUUUAUGGGGCGUCUGCAGCUAGAUUAAUAACUAAUGUUGACAUAGCCUUAUCAGGUUUAGGACGAGGAGGGAAAAAACACAAGCAAGAUCAUGGCCCCACACAGAGCAUGUUGGAGCCCUUAACGUUUUAGCCCAAGUCUCAAUUGGAUAGUUCUGGGCUUCCAGUCCCCCCCUUCCCUUUGGUUUUGUUUUUGAGGAGAAAGUUGAUCCUACCCCCUGGCCCCUUUUCCUGCUGGGAUUAAGGGCCUGUCAGACAUAUGUGAUCCAGGAAAUACCUUUACUAGGCCCAACUGGGGGUCACCAUGGCAACUGGCACUAGAACCUGCCACUGCAGGCCCUAACUCGCUCUCUCCCCCCUCACUCUCUUGUGCACACGCUCUUUCUCUCUCCCCCUUUAUUGUUGAGAGGCCUUUGUUGAGAUGGAGGGAGGGAUUACUGUGAUCAGGUUUGCUAACGUUGUCCUGAGGGUAUGGUAUAUGGGUGUGCUCCCUGUGUUGGAGGAAGAGCCUAGUAUAUGUUACAUGUAGCAGUGUACUGUAUGUUCAGUCUUCACUUCAUUAUCAAUUCACCAUGAAUCUGUCUUCUUUGGACCCAGGAAGAGAGUAGAUUCAUCAACACUGUAACUUUUCUUAACAUCAACCUGUAGGUUAUCUCUUCAUAACUAAGCGAUCUUUAGAUUAUGUCUAGAAGCAUUUGCGAUUCCAUGUUCUUGUAAUCAUAAUAGUUGGAAUGUAUGGAUUUUAAUCCAUCAAGGAUCUAGGAGGAUCUAGGUACGUGAGAUGCACAGAUAGUUGUGACAGAGGAGUAAUGAGAAUGGCAAAGGAUGCAGAAAAUGUAUUUGGACCACAGUGUUUGUGCCAGACAUUACUAUCUGGAAACGGCAAAGAUGGCUUUUUCACUGUAUAGCCCAGUCCGCAGCCUGUAGCUAAGAUUCAGACCACAUUGUCCUCUAAUGCUUUUCCAGUGUCUGCUCAACACAUGUCCCCAUAAAGAGCAAGACUCCCAGACAAGUUUAGCUUGUGACGCUGUGUGCUUUUGUAACCAGACAGACAACACCGUUGUGAUUGACAAUGUGUCAACGUAAUUGGGUUAGCCCCUCCCCCUGGUCGACUAUGUAGUCGUAGAGAACAGGGGGCUCAGGUGUCUAGCUCAGUGACGCCGUCCCCCUCCCCAUUCCUCAAAUCUAAUUCCACCUUCCUCUCCCGAGGAGCUCCUUGCCAGCCUCACAAUUGGCCCUUGACUAAUUCGGAGUGCGAUUUAAUUUAAGGGAGAGGAUAGGCAGGAAUUGGGUGAAGAAGGUAAGAGGCUGUAGCUCAAUUUUCAGCUCUGCAAACGCAAACAAGAGCUUAGAUUCAAUAAGCUGCCCGUGAAUGUGGACGAUGGUACUUUCAGGGACAUUGAGGAAAGAGCUGCUCCCUUUGUCAUUCCUUUCUCAUGUAGUUGGGCACAAUAUUUAGACAGAUGGUUGCAUCACAGUAUAAGAGCUUUUCGGACAUUUACCCAAUGUCAGACAUGUUGCAGAUUUUAGGUUGAGCUAUAUGCGCUUUUGAUUUAUGCACUUUUUUCCUCAAGACUGGUUGUUGUGGAUACUAUAUUCUGUCUCCUGCUGUAUACUAUUACAUACAUUUUGAUAUGCAUCUCCCAGAAUCAUAUGGACAAUUGAGUCUGUCUGUGGUUUUCUAAGUUGCCCAGUGAUUAAAGCUGUUGUGUUAGUUGGAGCUUGCCUGCAUUUUUGCAUGUAUACUAUUGUACUGGAAGGUACUCAGCCCUCAAAAUCUAAUUUUAUUUGUCACAUGCUUUUUAUGUGUAGGACCAACAACCGGUGUAGACUAACAGUGAAAUGCUUACUUACUGCUCCUUUUCUAACAAUGUAGGGUUAAAGAUAAGACAAAAAAUUGAAAUAGUGACACGAGGAAUGAAUACACAGUGAAUAACAAUAACGAGUGAACAUAACAUGGCUAUAUACAGGAAGUACCAGUACCGAGUCCAUGUGCAGGGGUACAAGGUUGUUGAGGUAGCUAUGUACUGUUCAUAUAGGUAGGGGUAAAGUGACUAGGCAACAGGAUAGAUAAUAGACAGUAGCAGCAGCGUGUGUGGGCUGUGUGUGUGUGUUUGUGGUGUCAGUAUGCACGUAUGUGUGUGUGUAUUGGAUCCAGUGUGUGUGCAUAGUCGGUGCAAAAGAGUUAGUGCAAAAAAGGGUCAAUGCAGGUAGUCCGGGUAGCCAUUUGAUUAGCUAUUUAGCGGUCUUGUUUAGAAGUCUUAUGGCUUGGGGUUAGAAGCUGUUCAGGGUCCUGUUGGUUCCAGACUUGGUGCAUUGGUACCGCUUGCCGUGCAUUAACGGAGAGAACAGUCUGUGGCUUUGGUGACUGGAGUCUUUGAAAAAUGUUUGGGCCUUCCUCUGACACAACCUGGUAUAGAGGUCCUGGUAUGGAUGGCAGGGAGCUUGGUCCCAGUGAUGUACUGGGCUGUACGCAUUACCCUCUGUAGUGCCUUGCGGUCGGAUACCAAGCAGUUGCCAUACCAAGUGGUGAUGCAGCCAGUCAAGAUGCUCUCGACGGUGCAGCUGUAGAACCUUUUGAGGAUCUGAGGGCCCAUGCUAAAUAUUUUCAGCCUCCUGAGGGAGAAGAGGCGUUGACGUGCCCUCUUCACGACUGUGUUGGUGUGUUUGGACCAUGAUAGAGCCUUACUGAUGUGGACACCGAGGAACUUGAAGCUCUCGACCCGCUCCACUACAGCACCAUUAAUGUGAAUGGGGGCGUGCUUGGCCCUCAGUUUCCUGUAGCCUACAAUCAGCUCCUUUGUCUUGUCUUACUGAGGCUGAGGGAGAGGUUGUUGUCCUGGCACCACACUGCCAGGUCUCUGAACUCCUCCCUAUAGUCUUAUCGUUGUCGGUGAUCAGGCCCUCACUCUUUGCCCUGUUUGUACCCUAGUCAUCCCUGUGCCACCUGUGGAAAUCCAAGCAGAGCGCUACACCCUGUACCCUGGGGACCGACUGGAGCUGAGCUGUAAAACCAAGGAGUCAGUCAACUGGACCAAGGACCAUGCAGUGGUGGUGGACGGGGAGCACACACGCUUACGAGAUGGCCAGCUGGAGAUCGAGGGGGUGGAGCCGGCUGACUCGGGCCUGUACACCUGUGUCACCUUUGGCAACCACAGCUCUUACUUCUCUGUCAAUGUCACAGGUAAGGUCAAAGCUACCACUGAGUGCUAAAAUCACUGGUCCUGUAGAGCGAAACAAUUCAAGGUACGUGGUAAUGCAGCUAAGCCAAGUCAAAUGACAUUCGUCCUCUCUUCCUAUUCACCAGUUGAUAUCCUGGCAUCCUCUGAAGAUGAAGACGAGGAGGAUGAGUCUUCCUCAGAGGAGGCAAAGAUGUCUAGCAGUCAAAAGCUUUUACGUAAGUGUCUCAUCCUCCUAGGCCUACCACCUGUCACUGGAAUGGUAAAUAGGACUAGGCUUGGACUAGAUUCUGCUCCUGUUGAGGUUAAUGCCCUGAACUUAACAAAAGAGAGCCCUAACUAAUUAGGUUAUUUCCUGUUACAUUUCAAAUGUGAUUCACCUAUUAGGCGUGUUUGCUGUUAUCUAAGAGUGAUUUGUUCACAGUUGUGAUUCAGAGGGCCAGUAGCACCCCACAGUGCUGGUUACACUUGAGUAAGGAAUGUUUUACUAGUGACUAAACUCAGUACAUUCCAGACGUCCCCUGAUUACUGUUUGUCUACACAGUGUUAUAAAGCCAGUCAGGCGUGGUCAGCUGGCUACUGCCAUCUGGUGAAUGCCAUGUGCCCACAGGGAAGUAAGCAGCUAGCGUGGCGGGCACCCCUGACGACGACCUUGGGUCCCAAGAGAUUAGGCAAUCCUAUACUGGAGUUUUGUAUGUUUUUGAGCAAAACUGGAAAUUGUCACUUGACUUUGUGGAUUGUUGUAUAGAACUCUCCUAAGCCAGAUGGAAACUACCUGCACACAUAAUUGUUGUGUCAAUUCUUCUGUCAGAAUAGGUGUUUAAGUGUUCUCUUUUUCUCUCCAUUGUUCCUCAGCAAUGGCCCCUCAGUGGGCUCAGCCAGAUAAAAUGGAGAAAAAGCUGCAUGCUGUCCCAGCCAGUAAGACGGUCAAGUUCCGCUGCCAGGCCAGUGGAAACCCCACCCCAACACUCAAGUGGUUCAAGAACGGCAAAGAAUUCAAGAGGGAUCAGCGCAUCGGGGGCUUUAAGGUAAACCCCCUCCCUGUAUUCACCCCUUGUGAGUAGUGGAAAGCAGGAACACGUUUUGCACCUGAUUGGGGAACAAUGCAAAGUGAAAUCCAAUGCCACAACGGGAUGAUUGUGCCACAAAAAGCAUGCCUCGAGGAUGGCAAUGCCCUCGAGGUGGAAUACGCCUGGCUGUCCUCAUUUAACACAUCUGGGUAUCUGCUGUUUACUGUAUUUGUUUUCAAGAUUUAUCUGCGUAUAGCAAAACCAACUUCUCAAAGGAAAUUUGUUUAUAAUGAGCAGACAGAAUAAAUCCUGCAGAUUUACCCCAUCUCAGUGUUGGGGAGCAGGACAUGACUGCUCACUGUCACAGAGGAAGUGAGACGGGGUAAACAUUUCACAGUAAUGGGCAUGGUGGUGAUGAGUCCGUUUACUUUUAUUUUCCCUGAUGCAGAUAGCAUGUGUAUACUGUGCUCUUGGCUUUUAACGUUGACCAUAUCCGUGCCGUGGUUUGGACGGCUGUGAGUGUGUUGGCUUGCGACAACCUCACGUGACGUAGGAUGUGCUGGGAUGUUGUAGGGGGCCAGGGUCCUGUGCAUCUGCUCUUCCCAUCAAGGUGUUGUCCAGCCUUGUCCUCGUCAGGCCCCCCUGCUGGGACACAUUAAAUAAUUUCCUUUCAGCUGCCUUCUCUCCCCCAGCCCAGCUCGGCCCUACCGGGCCAGGCAGCACACUUUACCAUCUGGCUGCUGUUUUUUCAGUUAAGGUGCAAAGGUCUAGAUGGGCAGCUGGAGACGUCUAUGAACUGGGCUCGCCAACCCCCCCCCCCCCGCGCUUUGGUUUUAUGACCACGGCUCCAUUGUUCAUAUAGUCUUAAUGUAUGGAGAGGGCAGGGGGAAAUAACACAGACCACAUGCAUUAACCCAAGCACAACACAUCUGGCCAGAAGCAGCUGUGGAACCCCAGCGCAUUUAAGCUAAAUGAGGGAAACCGUAACGCAGGCUCUGUGUAUGCAUGUUUGAUGUUGCCAUUGCCUGAGAGGUUUGUUAGAGUUUAAUCACACACUGCCGGUCUUGGUCAGAUUUAUGGAAGAAAAAUUAUAACUUAGAAUAUAGAGAACAGGAUUUAGCCUUAGAUGUGCAUAGGCUGUAACCUGACUAUAGUCUUUCCCGGAACAAGUUGAAACAAGUCAUGUGACCACUAAGAAACCGUUUCCCCGCCCCAAUAUGUUUCCAAGAGUGCAUUAAUGUACUGUGCCUCAAGCAAUGGAGCACAAUAGAGUUUUAUAUGACAUGGGAAAAAGUCUCCUGAUAGCAAGUUCCUCCUCCUUCCCAUGGAUAUUAAAAUAAAAAAAGUAAUUAUUGUUUGAUCUGCAUUUCAUUACACGUCAUUGAACUUGUAAAUGUUUCCCCAUUUUGUACAAAUAACUAACUAGCAGCAUAACAAAUUAAAUGUGCUCUUGAUGUCAAAGUCAAAGAAAAUAAUAAUUCCAGAAAUGAACUAAUGAAGGAAUAGUGUUGCACCAGGCUGGCUAUACCAUCUUUUUUAUAAUCUAGACACAAGUGUCUCACUAAAGCGUUUUUAUAGUAUUAAUAGGAUGUAUUGUGAAAGUAUGGGACUUUGGGGAUCUAUUUACAGUGGGGAAAAAAAGUAUUUAGUCAGCCACCAAUUGUGCAAGUUCUCCCACUUAAAAAGAUGAGCGAGGCCUGUAAUUUUCAUCAUAGGUACACGUCAACUAUGACAGACAAAAUGAGAAAAAAAAUCCUGAAAAUCACAUUGUAGGAUUUUUAAUGAAUUUAUUUGCAAAUUAUGGUGGAAAAUAAGUAUUUGGUCACCUACAAACAAGCAAUUUUUGGCUCUCACAGACCUGUAACUUCUUCUUUAAGAGGCUCCUCUGUCCUCCACUCGUUACCUGUAUUAAUGGCACCUGUUUGAACUUGUUAUCAGUAUAAAAGACACCUGUCCACAACCUCAAACAGUCACACUCCAAACUCCACUAUGUCCAAGACCAAAGAGCUGUCAAAGGACACCAGAAACAAAAUUGUAGACCUGCACCAGGCUGGGAAGACUGAAUCUGCAAUAGGUAAGCAGCUUGGUUUGAAGAAAUCAACUGUGGGAGCAAUUAUUAGGAAAUGGAAGACAUACAAGACCACUGAUAAUCUCCCUCGAUCUUGGGCUCCACGCAAGAUCUCACCCCGUGGGGUCAAAAUGAUCACAAGAACGGUGAGCAAAAAUCCCAGAACCACACGGGGGGACCUAGUGAAUGACCUGCAGAGAGCUGGGACAAAAGUCACAAAGCCUACCAUCAGUAACACACUACGCCGCCAGGGACUCAAAUCCUGCAGUGCCAGUGUCCCCCUGCUUAAGCCAGUACAUGUCCAGGCCCGUCUGAAGUUUGCUAGAGUGCAUUUGGAUGAUCCAGAAGAGGAUUGGGAGAAUGUCAUAUGGUCAGAUGAAACCAAAAUAUAACUUUUUGGUUAAAACUCAACUCGUCGUGUUUGGAGGACAAAGAAUGCUGAGUUGCAUCCAAAUAACACCAUACCUACUGUGAAGCAUGGGGGUGGAAACAUCAUGCUUUGGGGCUGUUUUUCUGCAAAGGGAUCAGGACGACUGAUCCGUGUAAAGGAAAGAAUGAAUGGGGCCAUGUAUCGUGAGAUUUUGAGUGAAAACCUCCUUCCAUCAGCAAGGGCAUUAAAGAUGAAACGUGGCUGGGUCUUUCAGCAUGACUAUGAUCUCAAACACACCGCCCGGGCAACGAAGGAGUGGCUUCGUAAGAAGCAUUUCAAGGUCCUGGAGUGGCCUAGCCAGUCUCCAGAUCUCAACCCCAUAAAAAAUCUUUGGAGGGAGUUGAAAGUCUGUGUUGCCCAGCGACAGCCCCAAAACAUCACUGCUCUAGAGGAGACCUGCAUGGAGGAAUGGGCCAAAAUACCAGCAACAGUGUGUGAAAACCUUGUGAAGACUUACAGAAAACAUUUGACCUGUGUCAUUGCCAACAAAGGGUAUAUAACAAAGUAUUGAGAAACUUUUGUUAUUGACCAAAUACUUAUUUUCCACCAUAAUUUGCAAAUAAAUUCAUUAAAAAUCCUACAAUGUGAUUUUCUGGAUUUUUUUUCCCUCAUUUUGUCUGUCAUAGUUGACGUGUACCUAUGAUGAAAAUUACAGGCCUCUCUCAUCUUUUUAAGUGGGAGAACUUGCACAAUUGGUGGCUGACUAAAUACUUUUUUCCCCCACUGUAAGUCUUAGUGCUUUGGUUGGACCAGCUGUCAUCUGGAUGUGCCUUCAAAACAUCCUCCUCUGACUAAAUAUUUUACCUUUCUCUUCUCCAAUUUGCAGGUUCGAGAACACAUGUGGACCAUCAUCAUGGAGUCUGUAGUGCCAUCCGACAAGGGGAACUACACCUGUGUUGUUGAAAACAAACAUGGAAGCAUCAACCACACUUACCAGCUGGAUGUUGUGGGUAAGUAUCUUUCCUCUCUGGGUCAUUGUAUCGGGGAAAUUCCUUACUAGGCAUGCCUAAGCCUAAUCCAUUCACCUGGUUUAAUCAUCAAUUGGAUAUUUAUGUAGCUUAAGUGUGUUGUUGUUUCAAUAUCGCUAAUGGUUUACAACACUAGGCCCUAGUAAUCAAAGUAAUGGUGUGCCCUUUUUCCAAGGAGAGAGUCAUAUGGUCUGAACUGUCGUGUCAAAUUAGCCUUUUUUUUUUAUUAACCUUGUUUACGUUGUGGCCCUGCUGAUGAAGCUUUCUGAAAAGGUGAAAUUAUUAUUUCAUCCUGCACAUUUUACAUUUACAUUUUAGUCAUUUAGCAGACGCUCUUAUCCAGAGUGAUUUACAAUUAGUGAGUGCAUACAUUUUUCAUACUGGCCCCCCGUGGGAAAUUAACCCACAACCCUUGCAUUGCAAGCGCCAUGCUCUACCAACUGAGCUACAGGAGGGACCUGCUCUGUGACUUACUCACGCUCCAUUGGUUCUAUAAAUCAAAGCUCCACCUCCACAGACAGUGGUGUCUCCUGGGAUAUUCACGUCCAGGGCCGUUGUUGGCGUGACUUCACUCCCCAACCUCGGUCAACUGUGAGAUCAUUUUGGAGACAGAGUAAUUCUACAAAAUGUGUGCAAAGCGCCACACUCAUCUCUGUAUCAGGAAAGCAAAUGAAGCCUGAACAUUUUGUUCCCCUGCCAGAUGCUGGGCUCAUUAGUAUGGUUUGGCGAGUUAUCAGUCAUCAAAAUGGCACCCGGAGAACAUUUCUCUCUCAGGGCAGCGGCUCAAAACUUGUCUGCAAGCUUGUGUUUCCAGUCAUUUGGGAAAAAUUGCAGCAAUUAUAUAGGCGGCAGAGUAGUUGGGGGAACUGCUGGCUGUGAAAUUACCGUCUGUAAGUAGUGAAAGGACAUGAGAUCAGGGUAACCUUGUAACCUGGCCUGAGAUCAGGCUCUACCAAGGUCAGACUGACAGAGCUGUUCUCCUGUUGUCUGUUACUAAGGUAUUUCUGACUGCUAGGAUUCUCCACAACUAUGUCUUUGUAUGUGGUUGACAUGUGUCUUCGUAUGUGAUCUUUUUUGUUAUUAAUGUUCAUAUUUCAAUGUGAUUGUUAUGCGUCUGUGUGUAUCUGUUACAGAGCGUUCCCCCCACAGACCCAUCCUGCAGGCCGGACUGCCAGCCAAUCUCACUGCGGUGGUGGGCAGUGAUGUGGCGUUUGAGUGUAAGGUGUUCAGUGACCCCCAGCCUCACAUCCAGUGGCUGAAGCACAUGGAGGUCAAUGGGAGUCGCGUAGGCCCUGAUGGCUUACCCUAUGUCCGCGUCCUCAAGGUAGGGGCUCGCAGUGCACUGACUGGGUCCACCACCAAACUACACAGGACACAACAUAGCUGCAUUUAUUCUGUUCAGUCAGGAACUAAAUGUGAUAACCUUCAUUGAGUAAGAGAUGACACCCCAUGUAAUGCUUGGGGGAAUACAGACAUACAGCUGAGUAGUAAUACAGCCAAACAGUGUUAGAUUUCAAUGAAAUUGUGUAGUACACUCUUAAGCGCAGGUCUUUGUUGAGUAGUUUGUAUAAUUUUCAUUUCCUGUUUCAUCAUGUCUAUUAUAUCCCUUCAAGAUUGUCUGGCAAAGGAGGGCAAAUAGUAUCCCUCUUUGAGGAUAUGGCAGGUAGGUAGCCUAGCAGUUAAGAGCGUUGGGCCAGUAACCGAAAGGUGGCUGGUUCCAAUCCCCAAGCCAACUAGGGGAAAAAUCUGUCGACGUGCCCUUGUGCAAGGCACUUAACCCUAAUUGCUCCUGUAAGUCACUCUGGAUAAGAGCGUCUGCUAAAUGACUAAAAUGUAAAUGUUAUCCCUCUAUAUAAGUAGUUUCCUGUGCCUUGUAAAAGUAUAUGCUUGAGAGGGGAAAGUCAAUGCUAACAAAUGAUUGUGAUCUCAUUCAACAGAGACGUUUGUUAAAACCUCAUCUUGAUAUGUUGUUGCACAUUACAUGUUUUUGUUUUCAGCACUCUGGGGUCAAUAGCUCGGACACUCAGGUGUUGACCCUCUACAAUGUCACUGAGGAGGAGAGCGGGGAGUAUAUAUGUAAAGUGUCCAAUUAUAUAGGAGAGGCCAAUCAGUCGGCCUGGCUGACCGUCGUCAGGCAUGAGGCCCAAGGUAACCGCCCCACGCAGCAGCAGCAGCUCAGAGCACACCGAGAGAUCCUCAACCAGAGGCUGCUAGGGCCACCUGGAGACCUAGGGACUUGUUUAGGGACAACCUCAGCUGUUUCUCUCCUCCCUCGCUCCCUCCCUCCUUCUAUCCCGCCUCAGUGCUCCUGACUGUAAAUUACACUAUGGAAAAUUCCCAGCAGAGCGUUUGAAUGUGUUUAGUCUUGGUUUAUGUUGGACUGCUUUCUCUUUCCUGCCCCAUGCCUCUCCCGUGCCCUCCUAAUAAGGGCCUCUCCUGCCAUCCACUGCUAUUACUUUCACUCCCUCGCCCUUCAAAGUCUUCUGCUCAGAUCUUUGACUGCCUCUCUUAUUACUGCCUUGUCCCCCCCCCCCCCCCCCACACACACUUUUCAGCUGUCUUACUCAGCCUUUCCGUCUUUCACUGAGCUCCUGCUGUUUGUCUCGUGGAUUUGUUGUAUGGUGAAGUGUGUGUGGCCUUGAGAGUGAGUGUGUGUGCUCUGCUGAGGGGUUUUCCAUGUAGCUCAUCUCUUGCAUGUAGAGAUAAGACUAUAGGGGAUGUCCGUCACUGCUCCUUCUCAAAUGGUGAUGGUCCAGUAAAGGGUUUAGUGCUGCGGUGCGGUCUCUACCUAACUAGCUCCUCCACUAACUGACUGGAGGGCCGAUACGGGCAGCGCCCUCUAACGGCGGUGUGGGUUUUUACUCUUGGAGGGGGAUGGUGUUGGAUUGAGAGGGGAGUAUGAAUACCCCAUCCACCCUCGGUCCUGUCCCCUCCUCUACCAGAAGUCUUUCCCUUUCAGAAUCUUUUACUCAUGCCUCCCUUUUUCCUCUGGGCCUCUUGUCGGGUCUGCUUCCAUUGUUAUUUUCUAGACUGCUGGCCUUAACACCACGGACAAGGAAAUGGAAAUCCUCCAACUGAGGAAUGUGUCUUUUGAUGAUGCUGGGGAGUAUACCUGCUUGGCGGGCAAUUCUAUCGGGUUCUCUCAUCACUCUGCAUGGUUGAUCGUUUUUAAAGGUAUCAAUGGUUCUCUCCUCUGAUCUCCUUCCCCUCCCUCCUCUCCACUUUGGCUUGGCCAUCCACUGCCCACAUUUCUCUGAAUAUAGUCUCUGUAGACCCUACUUGAGUGAGCAAAGUGGAUGUGUGUGGAUGCCAGGCCAAGUUGUGAUACUAACCUUCUCCCUUCCCCUGUCAGCAUGGUUCCAUGCCCAUCCAACCUUUCUGGAUGGGACAGGAUGGUCCAUGUUGAGAAAUGAUUACCAGAAAUCACAGAAUGCCAAACAACCCUUCUGACCCAUAAAAUCUACCUAAACUGACAACCCCUGAAUCAGAAAGUUCAGGUGUUUAUACCCUCAAACAAAAAAAUAAAUUACAAUUUCCUCUGCCAAUUUCAUAAAAAUGAUUUGUCAGCUUUCCACAUUGUUUCAAAUGGUUAACGGGUAACUUUACAAUGCACUUCUACUUGACUGCCUUAAGUUGAAGUUUUCCAUUCAGAAGGGGUUGUUUGGCAGUACUGUUGGUGUUUCACUCCAACUUGUCUCUCCCAUUCUGGUUUCAAUUUGGUGUUUACAUUUGAUUCUGUGUAAGGCUGAUGUUUUCUGACAAGCACUACAAAAUGACAUGUAUCCCUGAUGUCAUUUCCUGCUGUGAGGACGAAGCCUGCUCUUAAGGCUAGCUUUGAUAAUUGGCUCACUGUAGUGGACGGCUCAUUCCUCUGGGUUGGAAUAGGCAUUUGUCCAAUUAUCAAGCUGCUUGUCAUUCAGCCUCUACACACAAGGGCAGCUCACUUGUGUUGCUGGUGUUUUGUAUCAUUCUGGUGUUUUGUAUCAUUCUGGUGUUUUUCGGAAAGCGAGGUAAAAAAAGACACUUCCAAUAUGUUAAUUUUCAUCCAUAUUGUAAAGUUGUGAAACACUGAUCUAAAUUGGAGAUAAUUAGAUUGAGAUUUUAUAUUUUGUGUCUAACGUUAGUCCACUUCAGUACAUAGGUGGUUUUGUUCCUGGUAGCGAGAGACAAUGUCAAAAUUUGGAAUGUCAAAAUGACAAGGAAAUCAUAGUGACAAUUGUUUGUACCAACAACCACCACACAAGCCAUUUUAGAACAAAACUGGGCUUUUAUGCAGAACAACCAUUUUAUGUGCUCUAAGGAAGUCAGAAUGGGACAUUUACUUUAAAUAAAUAAUUAGCUUAAGUUAAACAAUUGAACACAUUCUUUUUAUAACAUAUCUUCCUACAUGAAUGAAUGAAUGAGUAGUAUGUUUGAAAUAUUUGUGUGCAGUGGCCUGGGUUUUGUCUGUGAUGUUAUCAUAUGUUGUCCUGAAUAACCGAGCCUUUGCACAAAAAAAUGAAAUACAUAAAAAUACGAAGCUAAGAUUGAACUUAAUGUACAUCUGUGUUAAUGCUUAUCAGUUUGCACAAGGCUCUGUGUUAUUUGGGUUUGUCCCAGCUCAAGAGGACUUGGCCGUUCUCUGCCACUAGAGACUAUGGCUGCUGGUCACACUGGCAAAGAAUGUGGAGUGAAACCCUAUGCCUGAAAGAAGUGAUUAUGGUGCUACAAUAGGAGUUUGUGCUCCGCUCUCUAUGCCAGUGGUGUUAAGGGCUCUGUUUUUCUGUACAUGUCAGCUGAGUGGUCUUAGUGAAUGUAUCAGGGUGGUGUUUGUGGUUGAGGGGAUGCCUGUGUGUGUGUUCAGUAUUUUUGUUACAUGCCUGUGUGUGGUGUGUUGUGUUGUGAAAGUGUGAUUGGUAUUUGAGAAUGCAUGGAUCUCUGUUGUUGUGUGAUUUGACCCUGUGUGGCUGACCUCUUGCCCCCUAUCCUAUCGCCCCCAUGGCGUUGCCCUCAUCCAGCAGUCCCCCGCUCCCCACCACCCAACCAAACCUACCUGGAAGUGCUGAUCUACUGUGUGGGCUUCUUCCUCAUUGCUGUCAUGGUGGCCGUGGCGAUCAUCAUCAAGAUGCGCAGCUCGUCCAAGAAAAGUGACUUCAACAGUCAGCUGGCUGUCCACAAGCUGGCUAAAAGCAUCCCCCUGCGUAGACAGGUAACAGAAAGUAGAUAGGGGGUUUGAAAUCUUUAUACCUUUUCUGCUUUCUCAUCCCAUUUAGUGUAAUCUUUAUGGUAUCUUAAUAAUUUUUUUAACUUAUUCCUAUCACUUAUUCUUAUCAAAUGGAAGUGUUCAUAAUCUUGUGAAAAUAAAAAACCUUAAUUCCCCGAGCUUCUGGUUCCUCAAAGAGGUGAGUCAGGUUGGCAUGAGUAGAGGGCAGGUGUUCGUCUCUGCCUGCUCUCUGCUUCCACUGGGAUCAAAGUAGUUUUAGUUGUUACAUUUUGUGUCUACAGACUUAUUUAAGUGACAUUCUGAAGGUUUAACAAAUGGUACAUCAUGUUCUGUCCACACACUGGAUAUCCUUCUGCCUGUCUGUCUGUCUGUUCCUUCCCUGGCUCCACUAUGAGAGAGUAACGGCAGGCUUCUGUAUUCCAGGUGUCAGUGGACUCUAGCUCCUCCCUCCACUCUGGGGUGAUGUUGGUGCGCCCCUCCCGCCUCUCGUCCAGUGGCUCUCCUAUGCUGUCUGGGGUGUCUGAGUACGAGCUGCCCCAGGACCCACGCUGGGAGCUGCCCAGGGACAGGUACGCAGAUGACUGGAACACACCUAUUAAAUACAAACAUAACAAUAUCACACACCUUUGAAUGGGAAAAUUGCCUGUCUGUCUCAAUCCUCUCACAUUUGUUAUUUCUUCCUCUUCCUGUGACGCACUUAGACUGGUGCUGGGGAAGCCCCUGGGAGAAGGCUGCUUUGGCCAGGUGGUGAUGGGAGAGGCUGUAGGGAUGGACAAAGAGAAGCCAAACAGGGUCACCAAAGUGGCCGUCAAGAUGCUCAAAUGUAAGCCAAGUUUUUUUUUCUCUCAUAAACCAUAUCAAACCUGUGAUUUAGGCACAUGGCUAGGUCUCCGAUACUGCAUGUUGGGAAGUUAUUUCAAAUGCAAGGAGCACAGAAUUAAGCAUAAAGCCACAACCGCAAUUACAGGAUGGGAGGAGAGUUCUACUCAGUGCCGUGAUGCACAGACAUUAUAAGAGGCAUCUGCCACUGGCUCCUGGCCACUGUGCAAAUAGGAGACCAGAGUAAAAAUGUAUGAGAACCCCUGAGUUGGAUAUAUGACAGGGUUCAUAAAGCUGUGAAGAGUGGGGAUGUAGGAAAAUAACAAUUUAUUGCUUGGUACUUGUUAAGUGCCUCUCCCCAGAGAGUGCUGCCUUCACCCCCCCCCCCUCCCCCACACACACACACACACACACACCUGCAUGUCCCUGUGAAAGAAGACUAUACUCUUGGUUAGCUCAGUGGUGUCUGUAGACUUUUCCCUACAGUUGGUGCCUUUGAAUUAAAAAAAAGAAAGUUAUGUAAAUUUACUUUGAAAUCAUUUUGCAUAGCAGUGUCCUUUGCUUUGUACAAAACUGGGAUGUUUUACAUGAGAACUCUUUUUGAUUUGGUAAUCAUAGAGAGUUCAGGGUUGGGUUAUUGUUGUAAUGAGUCUAAUUUCGUUCUAAUUCUUUCCCUCCCCUCAGCUGAUGCUACAGAGAAAGACCUGUCAGAUCUGAUCUCCGAGAUGGAGAUGAUGAAAAUCAUUGGGAAGCACAAGAACAUCAUUAACCUGCUGGGAGCCUGUACCCAGGAUGGUAGGUCUCACACCGGCAGACCCCCUUUCCUCCCUUCAAAUCCUUCAUUCAGAAAGGCUGAAAACAUGUUUAUUUUGGAGGGAAAAUGAGUGUUUUGGGAAAGGGUUUUUAGACCCUUGCAUUGUUCAGUUGUUUAACAAGACCACAAAAAGCACAGCAUGAUCAGAUCAGCAUGCAUAAAUGUGUAUAAUGGUAUGAGUAAGGGAUUCUGACACCAACUUCCGAGCUCUCAGUUUGAGAUGACCACAGCUGCUGCCAGGGUUGCCAUAUCUUUCAAAUCUUCACUGACAAGCCCUGGCACCAUACGCUGUUCUGCUGGGGAGGAACAUUAGCCUCCUCUGACCCUGCUGUGAACAUUAGAGAGCUCUCUGUCCUAAAAAUCAUGUAGCAGAACACAAGAGGCUGCUCUUUGUUCCACCUGGUCCCUUGAGAAGUUCCAGUAGAAGUUAUUGUAGGAAUCUGUUAGCAUUCCACACCUUAUUACCCAGACCUGUUUGACAUACAGACUUUAAUCUUUGGCAAAAUGUUUUCAAGUCUUUGCAUUUACUUACUAUAGAUGGUGAUGGAUUCUUCUUCUUUUUUUUUUUUUACACGGCAUACAAGUGUUAACAGACAUUUGGAUUCUUUUUCUUGUUCUUUAGUUACAGCUUGUAAAUUCUUAAUGCCUUGAUUUGUAAUGGUGUUUUUCCCUGACCACAAAAUGGCUGUCCAGAAUACACCAUUACUCUUCGCUCUCAUUGGCAUGUUAGGAGAAAGAUACAGCUGUUGGUUUUAAUUCAGAGCUUAACUCUCACCAUGACCCCUCCACCACUCAAUGACAUCCAUCCUCACCGUUUGAAAUGCUGUUCUCUGAGAACAAAAAUGGUCUGUCUUGUUGCGUCAGAUGUCACAUAAAUGUAUUUUAAAUGUCACAUCUUCCAGUGCUGUAGAAUAGUGAGUGACCCUUGUCUCCUUCCCCAGGUCCUCUCUAUGUUAUUGUGGAGUAUGCCUCCAAGGGAAACCUCCGGGAGUACCUGAGAGCUCGGCGUCCACCAGGCAUGGAGUACUGCUACAACCCUGACCAGGUGCCCAUAGAGAACAUGUCUAUCAAAGACCUGGUGUCCUGUGCCUACCAGGUGGCCCGCGGCAUGGAGUACCUGUCCUCUAAGAAGGUAACAUCAGGAUCCGACUCUACCUACAUCAGCACAGUUGAGUAUAGAGUAUACAGUAAAGAUGCAGUGAAUGUGCUAGGCCAGCUAGACCUAGUUCUUAUAUGCGUCUGUGUACAGUGUAUCCACAGAGACCUGGCUGCCCGCAACGUGCUCGUGACAGAGGACAACGUGAUGAAGAUCGCAGACUUUGGCCUGGCCAGAGAUAUCCACCAUAUUGAUUACUAUAAGAAGACCACCAAUGUGAGUAUGCUACUAAUUACCUACCUCAGCCAUGCCAAUCAAUGUGAAAAUUGCUUCCCCUGACCAAUUUGCCAAUUUACACUAGCAUUUAACCCACAGGGUCGUUUACCAGUCAAGUGGAUGGCCCCAGAAGCUCUAUUUGACCGGAUAUACACGCACCAAAGUGAUGUGUGAGUAUGGAAUAUAUACACAUUUACCAUUUUUGGAAUGGGCAGAAGUUGGCCAGAUUCCCGUGGCUUGUAUGAUAUGACCUGUGUGUUCACUGAUGGGGCUUGUCCUGUCCCUCUGCAUCUGCAGAUGGUCUUUCGGGGUGCUGCUGUGGGAGAUCUUCACCCUGGGGGGCUCGCCGUACCCGGGGGUCCCUGUAGAGGAGCUGUUCAAGCUGCUGAAGGAGGGCCACCGCAUGGACAAGCCCACCACCUGCACUCACCAACUGUAAGCCUCCUUCCUCAGUGUUCUAUCAUUAGAAUGGAUACUAUGGGUUUAUCCCAGAGCUCAGGGAUGCAGCAGCUGCAAAUAUAUUGUUCUCUGAUAAUAAAAAAGACAGACAAGCCAGCAGCUGAAAUAGGACUCUUUCCCGCUCUCUUACUCUCCCUCUAUUCUCUCCAUUUCUCCUCCUCCCUCCCAAGAUACAUGAUGAUGAGGGACUGCUGGCAUGCCGUUCCCUCUCACCGGCCCACGUUCAAACAGCUGGUGGAAGACCUGGACCGCACCCUGGCCAUGACGUCCAACCAGGUGAGUCCCCACAAUGAGCACGCCUCAGCAGUUCACGCACAGUCAACAAAGGUGAUAAACUCACAUCCUUGUAUUACUGUCAGGACCAAAUGUAAAAUGUUCAAAUGUUGUGUUUACUUGAUAUUUAAGCCACUUGUCUGUAUGUGGGUGUGAAAGGGAUGAUAUCCAAAGCUAGAUAUAUGACUGUGUUCUGGCCAGUGUGUCCAAUCCUCUCUCAUAAAUUCCAUAUGUGUGUGUUUGCAGGAGUACUUGGAGCUGUCUGUGCCUCUGGACCAAUAUUCCCCCAGCUACCCCGACACUCGCAGCUCCACCUGCUCCUCUGGCGAGGACUCUGUCUUCUCCCACGAUGCUGGGGCUGAGGAGCCCUGCCUGCCAAAGUUCCCUCCCCAUUCCAACGGGGUGGCCCUCAAGAAGCGCUGA